AUGAAGAUCCUCCUCAUCUUCACCCUCUGUCUGAUCUCAGGUAAAGAAAUGCACUUCAGAAUAAUCCUCACUAUCAGCAGCAGUGUUACAGGAAGGAAGGUUUUGCUCAGAUGGAUGUUUGGUGUUUUGUUAGAUGGAGGAGCCUCCAAGGAAGUAACAGGAUAUUCAGGAGGAGGAGUCCUUAUCAAGUGCAAGUAUGAUACAGAAUACACACAAAACCAAAAAUAUUUCUGUAAGGAUUCAUGGACAGACUGUUUGGAACAAAUAAAGACAGGAGCUAAAAACGAGUGGAUAAAUUCAGGAAGAUUCUCACUGUUUGAUGACACCAAAUCAGCAGAGUUCAGUGUGAUGAUCAGAGAGCUCACUGUAGAGGACACUGGGACGUACUACUGUAGAGUUGAUUUACCCAGUGUGAAAAACAUUUACACACUGGUGGAACUGACGGUAAAGGAAGGGGGCUCGGUCUCUAGAGAAGUGAGCGCAUAUGCAGGGGGAGGAAUCAACAUCAAGUGCAGAUAUGAGGAUGAAUAUAAAGACAAACCCAAAUCUUUCUGUAAGAUGGGAUCACAUCAGUGGUGUUUUAAUCCAAUAACAACAAAACUACACAGUGAAUUGUCACAUGAUGGCAGAUUCUCAAUUCAGGACAGCAGAAGUGCAGGAUUCUUCAGUGUGUUUAUCAGAGAGCUGAUUACGAAGGACACUGGAAAAUACGCGUGUGCUGUUGUUGUGUCUGAUGAAAUACAGAUCUACACUGUAGUGAAGCUGAAAGUAACAGAAGGUGAGGAGAUUUAA